UAAACCGACACAACAAAGUAUCACUCUCACACACACUCAGAUCUUGAUAGUUGAAACUACUCAAAAACUCAAAGUGUGUCUCUAUCUCAGUCUCACAAAUCACAAUGGCUCUGGCUCACCACCCAUUCUGUCUUCUAAUAACUCUAACACUAGCAUUCCAACUCACUGUUUUCUUCUCCCACUUCGCAUCUGCACGAACACCCACCAAUGCUGCACCCCAAACCCAAGAUCUGGUCCGUUCAUCUUGUGAACACGCUAGCUACCCCAACAUCUGUAUCCGCACACUCUCGUCCUACACUGGACCAGCCAAGACCCCCAAAGACUUAGCCCAAGCCGCGGUGAAAGUGAGCCUGUCACGAGCCAAGCGAGUCUCCAACUACUUGGCCCAAGUGAGUGAAGCCAAAGACUUGAAAAUCAGCAAGAGACAGAGAGGUGCGCUGAGUGACUGUGUGGAGCAGAUAUCAGAGUCGGUGGAGGAGCUGAGGCAGACGCUGAGCGAGCUGAAGCACCUGCGUGUUGAGACUUUCAGGUGGCAGAUGAGUAAUGCUGAGACUUGGGCGAGUGCGGCUUUGACGUAUGAGGACACGUGUCUUGAUGGGUUUCAAGGGGUUGAUGGGAAGAAGCUCAAGUCUGAUGUGAAGAGGAAGAUUAGGAAUGUGGGUAAGGUUACCAGUAACGCUCUCUACAUGAUCAAUCGCCUUGAUGAGAGUCGUGGUAAAGCCUAGCCUAGAUUAUUGAUCUUGAUAAAAAUGAUGAUGAUGGACGGCCCUGAUCACUCUGUGUAACUGUGGUGUACGUGUGUAUCAUAUAUGAUAUAUAUUUAUAUAUUAUGGAACUUUUGAAUAUCAAUAUUUUUAUAUUUAUAAAUAUAUAUUAGGUUUUGUUCUCAUAAGGUUAAAGCUUUAUGUAUGUAUGUUA